AUGUGCGGCGAUUCGGGGCUCCCUGCCUACGUUCCUGGAACGGAGCUAGCGCUCGUUGUUGACAAAGUUAAUGAAACUUUCUCUGGAAAUCUCAAAGUCACCAUCACUAGGGAGAUCUCUACGACGAUGACGACCGUAUUGGAGGUCACAUACACAGACGACUCAAGCACUGCGACCAAGAAAGCCGUGCUCAAACUAUUCGAUCGCCGCUUCGGCUCUUCGCUGCGCAGAGUGCGCGCACUGAGCGAGUCCCGCCAGGAGCAGUAUUUACCUGCCGCCUCUGAAGCAGAAAAGGCCUUCCGAAGCUAUGUCCGGAGCGGCAAGGCAUCCAAAUUGUGGGACGAAAUCGACGCCGACCAGCAGCAAAUGGACACAGUGCCCCUGCUGCCGGAAGAAUACUAUGAACCUAUGGAAGAGGGCUUGUCGAGGUACGAGGGCGCACUGCAACACGUGUGCCGCUUUUUUUCCCGGAGCGAGAUUGCGGUGUGCGACAAGCUCGCACACAUGCAAGGAGACUACAUCCCUCUUAUGUUGGCGCAUGUGGACUUGCCCGCGGCCGAGUCAUCCGAGACAGAGGACAAGAAUGAGGACAGCCCGUUCCUAAGGGUAGAUGGUGUUCUUCUUGAAUAUGUCUCGGGCAUACCGCUUUCUGAGCUUGAGAACCGUCAUCCUAUUCCCGAUCGCCGGGAGUGGAGCAAAAUCUUGCAGGAGGUUGCGAACACGACGGAGAGGAUCAAUCUUGCUGGUGUGGUCAUGCGGGACUGCGGACCAGGAAACGUGCUUCUGAGACCGGACACUUGGCAGCCAGUCUUUCUUGAUUUUGCCCAGGCUUUCAUUGGAGACUUUGAUGAUGAAGAGGCGGAAUUUGGUCUCUCCGUCUUCCAGUUCAACAACCCAUGGGGUCUGCUUUGGAGUCUGGUUUGUUCAAUGAAGGAAAAGUCAGGCGUUGUGAUCGACUUGAGUUAUCCCGAUUACGCCCCAUUGGUAGAAGACUACCCAGAGCCUGAAAUGCCAGUCAGCGUAUGA